GGUGUGCGCGAAAGACUUGUUCAGACGGUAAAAGUUUAGAAAGAAGAACUCUUUGUUGAUUACGUGGUUAAACAGAUCCGAAAUGGUAGUGGUAAAAAAUGAGCAGAAGAUUUCGGUGCCAGAAUAUCUGAGCACCGAGUUUUUCACUGAAACCCUGGAGGAGGGACUAAGGGAGUCGAAGGUGACUCUAAAGGAGAUCAACUUCGAGUGGGGCAGCAAUCCGGGUGACAACUACUGCUCGGCCAUCUACCGAGUCCAGCUCACCUUCGCCAAGUGGGUCGAUGGCAAGGAGUCGGCCAAGAAUGAGCAGCUCUCUUUGAUCGUUAAGACCAUUCCGAUAACGGAGGCCACGCAGUUCCUUGAAGACGUUAGUGUAUUUAUCAAGGAGAAGCAGACCUAUACCGACAUACUGCCUCGAUUGGAUAUCCUAAGUCGAGGUGACAAGUUUGGAGCCAAAUAUUAUCAUUCAGUGAAGGCACCAGUGCAGACAAUCGUGUUUAGUGACCUCAAGGUGGAGGGAUACAAGGUAGCCUCGCGUGAAGCUGGCUUGGACUGGAACCAUGCCUCCCUCAUUCUGCAGCAGCUUGGAAAGUUCCAUGCCACCUCCAUGGUUCUGGCCAAAAAGGAUCCUGCCAUCUUGAAACAGUACACCCGCGGCAUGCUGAGCGAAGACAUUUUAAUGAAGAGCGACACCUUUGAGGUCAUGUUCGGCGGCUUCCUCAAGGGUCUCAUCAAGAGUUCCGCCACCUGGCCGGGUUUCGAAAAAGUCAGCAAAAACUUACAACGCCUCAUGGACAACUUCCGGUCUGUGUGUGUGGCUGCAGCGAAGCCAAAACCCGGGGAUCGGUACGUUGUACUUAACCAUGGUGACAUGUGGACCAAUAACUUCAUGUACGCCUACGACAACGACGCCCAGCCGGAUACACCGACAAGGGCCAUAUUUGUGGACUUUCAGCUGAGCUUCUACGGCAGCCCCGCCUGCGAUCUUAACUUUUUCCUGAACACCAGCCUGAAGUUGGAGCUGCUGCAGGAGCGGCGCGAGGAGCUUAUCAAGGUUUACUAUGCAGCCUUCAAGGAUGCCCUAGAGUACGCCCGCUACGAGGACAUUCCCACAUACGAGGACCUGCAGUAUGAGCUGCGGAGCCGCGAAACCUACGGACUGUUCGGCCUGUUUGCCUUCCUGCCAAUGAUCACUAUGCCAAAGGAGCUGUCCCAGGAUAAUAGCAUUGAGAAUAUGCAGGACGAGGCUUUUAAGCAGCGCAAAAUGGACGCUGUCUUCUCGCAAAAGUCCCUCAACGACUACCAAAAGUGGGGCCUGAAGCGUGCCGAAUCCCUUGGCGUCUUCAGCGACUAUUAAAAAAAUAGUUGGGUUACAUUUUGUAACUUUUGUGAUAUAAAUGGGGCUGCGUUUCAACAACAUCGACUUAAAGUUAUUGGAAUUUAAUUGAUGCAACCAAAUAGUUUUGUGCUAAGCGAAAAACUGUUAAGAGUUUGGAAUUAUCAAGCUUAAGGAGUUGAUUAAAUAACUGGAUCAUAUAUAUUUGUUAAUAAGUCAAUAAAAUAAUAUGUCCAGACGAUCUGGGAAGAUACCUCUCGCA